GCAGUCGGCGAACUGUCUGGGCGGGAGGAACUGUAAGUCUGAGCUGCACGUAGCGGCCCGAGAGAGCUGAACAGAGUGCGCUGAGUGGCAGUGGCUGUAGCAGUGGCAGUUGCAGAGGCGACACCGGAGGCACAGGCAGCCCAGGCAACCCGGGCGGCCCCAAAACCUCACAAGCAACCUUCACAACACCGGGUGCUCCGCGGACUGCGAGCUGUGGCGGUAGAGCCCGCUACAGCAAUCGCAGUCUUGUGGAGCAGGCGCAAGCCUUUUUUUUCUCUUUUUUUCUUCCCACUUCAUUCUACUCUACUGGCUACAAUCACAAGUUCUCUGAGGGGGGGACACAAAGAACUGUAGUCCUGUGCCUGGUAUGGACUUGUUGUCCGGGACGUAUAUAUUUGCGGUCCUGUUAGCAUGCGUCGUGUUUCAGUCUGGCGCCCAGGAGAAAAACUAUACCAUUCGAGAAGAAAUGCCAGAAAACGUCCUGAUAGGCGACUUGCAGAAAGACCUCAACUUGUCACUAAUUCGACACAAGUCCUUAACAAUUCCCAUGCAGUUCAAGCUAGUGUACAAGACUGGGGAUGUGCCACUGAUCCGAAUCGAAGAGGGUACUGGUGAGAUCUUCACUACUGGAGCCCGCAUUGAUCGUGAGAAAUUAUGUGCUGGUAUCAUUGUGGAUGGCCAUUGCUUUUAUGAAGUGGAAGUUGCUGUUUUGCCGGAUGAAAUAUUUAGACUGAUUAAGAUACGUUUUAUGAUAGAAGAUAUAAAUGAUAAUGCACCGUUAUUCCCAGCUACAGUUAUCAACAUAUCAAUUCCAGAGAAUUCAGCUAUAAACUCUCGAUAUGCUCUCCCAGCGGCCGUUGAUCCUGACACAGGAAUAAAUGGAGUUCAAAACUACCAACUCAUUAAGGGUCAAAAUAUAUUUGGGCUCGAUGUCAUUGAAACGCCAGAAGGAGAAAAGAUGCCACAACUGAUUGUUCAAAAGGAGUUAGAUAGGGAAGAGAAGGAUACGUAUGUAAUGAAAGUAAAGGUUGAAGAUGGUGGCUUUCCUCAAAGAUCUAGUACUGCUAUUUUGCAAGUAAGUAUUGCUGAUACAAAUGAUAACCAUCCAGUCUUCACUGAGAAUGAAAUUGAAGUCAGUAUACCAGAAAAUGCUCCUGUAGGUACUUCAGUGACACAGCUCCAUGCCACAGAUGCUGACAUAGGUGAAAAUGCCAAAAUUCACUUCUAUUUCAGCAAUCUAGUUUCCAACAUCGCCAAAAGGCUAUUUCACCUCAACUCCACUACUGGACUUAUCACAAUCAAAGAACCACUGGAUAGGGAGGAAUCACCAAACCACAAGCUACUGGUUAUGGCAAGUGAUGGUGGGUUGAUACCAGCAAGAGCAAUGGUGCUAGUAAAUGUAACAGAUGUCAAUGAUAAUGUUCCAUCAAUUGAUAUAAGGUACAUUAUCAAUCCAACCAAUGGCACUGUGGUUCUUUCAGAAAAUGCUUCACUCAACACCAAAAUUGCUCUCAUAACUGUAACGGAUAAAGAUGCUGACCAUAAUGGUAGGGUGACAUGUUUCACAGAUCAUGAUGUUCCUUUCAGAUUAAGGCCAGUGUUCAGUAAUCAGUUCCUCCUGGAGACUGCUGCAUUUCUUGACUAUGAGUCCACCAAAGAAUAUGCCAUUAAAAUACUGGCCACGGACGCUGGCAAACCUCCAUUGAAUCAGUCAUCCAUGCUCAUUAUCAAAAUAAAAGAUGAAAAUGACAAUGCUCCGGUUUUUACACAGCCUUUCAUAAGUAUUUCUGUUCCUGAGAAUAACUCUCCUGGCUCCCAGUUGACAAAAAUAAGUGCGACCGAUGCAGACACUGGACAUAAUGCUGAGAUCAGUUACCUGCUAGAUGAUGAUGCUCCACCUGAAUUCAACCUGGAUCCGCGUACAGGCAUUCUGACUGCAAUGAAGAAACUGGAUAGAGAAAUAGAGGAAAAAUAUUACUUCACAGUUCUGGCAAAAGAUAAUGGGAUUCCACCCUUAAUAAGCAAUGUGUCAGUCUUCGUGACGGUUCUUGAUCAAAAUGACAACAGUCCAAUGUUCACUCACAAUGAGUACAAUUUCUAUGUCCCAGAAAACCUUCCAAGACAUGGCACAGUAGGACUAAUCACUGUGACUGAUCCCGAUUAUGGAGAAAAUUCUGCAGUCACUCUCUCCAUUUUAGAUGUGAAUGAUGAUUUCACCAUUGAUCCACAGACCGGUGUCAUUCGACCGAAUAUUUCAUUUGAUAGAGAAAAACAAGAGUCUUAUACUUUCUUUGUAAAGGCUGAGGAUGGUGGUAGGGUAUCACGUUCUUCAACUGCCAAAGUGACCAUAAAUGUGGUUGAUGUCAAUGACAACAAACCAGUUUUUCUUGUCCCUUCCUCCAACUACUCCUAUGAAUUGGUUCCACCAUCCACUGAUCCAGGCACAGUGGUUUUCACAGUAGUUGCUGUUGACAAUGACACUGGCAUGAAUGCAGAGCUUCGUUACAGCAUUGUAGGAGGAAACACAAGAGGUCUGUUUAUAAUUGACCAAACAACAGGCAACAUUACAAUGAAGGAGAAAUGUGUUGUUGCAGACCUUGGUUUACACAGACUGGUAGUCAAAGCUAAUGACUUAGGGCAACCUGAUUCUCUCUUCAAUGUUGUAAGAGUUAAUCUAUUUGUGAAUGAGUCAGUGACCAAUGCUACUCUGAUUCGUGAACUGGUACGCAGGAGCAGUGAAACAUCAGUAACCCAAAAUAUUGAGACAGUUGAUGCAUCCUCCCCAAGCAGUGACUAUGUCAAGAUCAUGGUUGCCAUUGUUGCUGGCACCAUAACUGUCAUCCUUGUUAUGCUCAUCACUGCUGUAGUAAGAUGUCGCCAACCACCACACCUUAAGGCUGCUCAAAAAAACAAGCAGAAUUCUGAAUGGGUUACUCCAAACCCAGAAAACCGGCAGAUGAUAAUGAUGACAAAAAAGAAGAAGAAGAAGCAUGCCCCUAAGAAUUUACUGCUUAACUUUGUCACUAUUGAGGAAACUAAGGCAGAUGAUGUUGACAAUGAUGGAAACAAUGUCACACUAGACCUUCCCAUUGAGCUGGAAGAGCAAACCAUGGGCAAGUACAACUGGGGCACUACACCUACUACUUUCAAGCCUGACAGCCCUGAUUUGGCCCGCCACUACAAAUCUGCCUCUCCGCAGCCUGCUUUCCAGAUCCAGCCGGAAACUCCCCUGAACUCAAAACACCACAUCAUCCAGGAGCUGCCUCUUGAUAAUACCUUUGUGGCCUGUGAUUCCAUCUCCAAGUGUUCCUCCAGCAGUUCUGAUCCCUACAGUGUUUCUGAGUGCAGCUAUCCAGUGACAACGUUCAAGACCCCUGUGUCUGUACACACCAGGCCGGUCAACAGCUGUGAUGUAAUAUAAUGCUGCCCUGGUGUACAAACUGAUGGUUAAUAUAGCAAUCAUGAAACAUGGAAUUACUUGCCUUGUCUGAUUGUUGAAGAGUUUAAGCAUCAUCUUGGGGAGUUUGGAAGUGAAGCUGAACUAUCCAAGCUACCCUCUGAAAGGUAUCCAGGGCAAGAGAUAUUUUUAAGACCAAAACUAAGAACAAAAUAAACAACUUUCUUUUUU